GCGAUGUGACGUCCUACAAUUGUUAUAAUAGUGCUAAUAAUAGUAGUAAGAUCUGGCAAUUAUACGUGCCCGGAUCUUCUGUCAGGUAGCUCUCAACAGAUGUACCCGCGUAGAGAGAGAGAGAGAGAGUAGUAGCUCUCAACUGCGAUUGAGAUGCCGCGCAUCGCUCCGCAUCAGCUGAGAUCCAUCCUUACGUUGAAUUGGCUGUAGUCAUUUGUCUUUUAGCGCCGAGCAGAUAAGAUAUUUGGGCGAUCGAGGAGAGCAUUGACAGGAUGGUUCUCGCGUUGGUCGCACCUGCAAUCCAGCUAAGCUCACGACUAAUUAUUGGCACUCGAUGCCGGAGUGGCCAUUUGUCAAGCGGCGGAUGGCGCCACGACACCUUGGCCGGUCGCGUCCUGCCCCGACACCCAAGCCUUUCGGGGAGCACGCGAAGUGGUCAACGACUCGCGUCAGCGACCGCGCGUACAGUAUAUUAUAUCUUCUUCAUCCCCCCUGCCACUGCCCGCUGCGCGCUCUGCAUCGCCUAGGUAGGAGGAGUAGGACUCUCUGGCUUGGGUUGGCAAUGAGCGAGGGCGCGCGGAACACGCGCCAGUUCUUCGCCGCGUCGACCAGCGGCAGCGGGAGCAGCAGCGCGACCUACCGGGACGGCGGCGGCGGCAUCGGCGUGGCGCGGGCCAGUCUCGUGAACACGGGGAUCCUGGACGAGAACGUCCUGGCGCUGGUGUUCCGGUACCUCAACUUCGACCCCAAGGCGCUGUGCACCGUGUCCUGCGUCAGCAGGCGGCUGCGGGCCGUCGCGGAGCGCGUGCUGUGGCGGGAGCUCUGCGUCUCGCGGGCGCCGCGGAUGGUGGCCUCGCUCGCGGGCGGCGGCGCGCCCCCGGGGCGCGUCGUGGGCGGGUGGCCGGCGCUGGCCAAGCUGCUCCUCUUCUGCUGCGGCGCGGCGGCGGCGGCCGUGCGGGGCCACUUCACGGGCGUGUCCCGCUUCUCCAAGACGUCCGGCCGGAGCUUCCUGUCGCGCCGGUGCCGGGGCGACCUGCUCUACGUGUCGGACCCCUGCGAGCACGCCGUCCACGGCGCCGACGACGACGUGGGCGCCUACCGCGGCGUGUUCCGGGGAUUCACGCGCUCCCGGACGCGCGCGUGCCUGGUGGGGCGCCGGGCCCCGCUGGAGACGCGCGUGCGCUGCCCCUACUGCGGCGCGCGCGUCUGGAGCAUGGUGGCGGCCGGGAUGGCGCCGCGCAGCGCGUGCCGCAGGCUCGGCGCCCACGAGGGACGCCUCCAGUACUACGUCUGCGUCAGCGGACACCUCCACGGCAACUGCUGGCUCGCGCGCCUCACCUCCAGCGACGCCGAUCGCGACGCCGACUCCGAGGAUGACGCUUCCACGGAAGGCGGCGACGAUGGCGCCCACGUGGCGCCGUAAUUCCGGCAUAUCAAGCUCCACACUCCACUCCACCAUGGACUUUUGCGGAGUAGUGUACCAUCAGCAGCACUGUGUCGCAACUCGGUGUCGAUGACUAGGCGGCGUCCUUUCUGUACUAGCCAUGUGAUGUGAGCCAGUAGCCCAGUAGCAGUAGAACCUGAAUCGAUCCCAGUUCAAUUCGCACGGGGACGAAGUGCUUCUCCUUCCAACCUCCAAUCCGUCUGGAGGGCCUCUUCGAGACACCGGCGUCUGCAGCCCAGGAUAUGUAAGGCCCACAAUAGAAUAGAAAUGGGCACGUGAAAUAUAGAGCACUUUUUGUAAGUUUUAUCCUUAAGAGCUCAAUUUAAACAACAUGACUAUCAAUUUAGAGUAUAGAAUAAACUUUAA